UCAUAUUUUCGUAGUUCCCACUUCCACUGAAACUGUGAAAAAGUAACACGCGAAGUUGUUGUUUUCAUUAAAGCAGAAUAUUCCUGUGUGAUCAGAUUUUUAAUUGACUUUUAAACACUAGUCAAGGAUGCCAUUGAUAUUGCUUUAAAGUAGGUUAAGGAGGAAACUGGUACCGAUAGACCUAACGAUGAAAUGCCUUUUAUGGAUCGUGACACUAAUCAAGCAAUUACAAAGAUUAUAAGAAAUAUUGAGAACCGUCUUAAAGGUUCUAAAGCCAAAACAGAUUUUGACAUGUUAUUCAGUGGUGGAGCUCCUGGAAUAGGUAAAACUCGGUAUGGAGAUGAACUAUUCAAACGCCUGGAAAAUAAUCAGAAUUGGGUCCCUCCUGAGUGGGAAAAUAAACUGCAUAUUAGAAGAAUCUAUUUAGACCUCGGUAAUGGUUGCAAACUUGAUUCAUAUGAUGAUGACCUUACUCCAACAGUCAUCAUUGGCCUUCGGAUUGCCUAUGUGUUUUUCAUUGAAAAAAAAUUUAUUUUGUCGUUUACAAAUUUUCGUGAUCGAGUCUGGAAAUACAGAGACAUUUUCAAAAUACCCAAUGUUUUCGAUUGUAUUUAUGCUCAUCUAAUCUCCCAAUCCAAUAUACAGCUCUUUGUUUUUUUUCAUAUUGACGAGUUUCAGAACAUCGAUCUGUGGGAGGAUGAUGCAAUCAAGAACAGGAAAAUGGCAAAAAAACAGCUCUUUAAGGAAAUGAUCAAUGACCUUGCACCGUUCAUGCUUGCUCCACAAUCCCUUAUCUAUUUCCAGACAUUUCUUUCUGGAACAGCACCACAAGUUGUUAUCUCUAACAAAGAAUCAUUAAGGGUUUCAUUUAUAUUUGCCGAUUGCCCACAACUGUCAUUCAGAGCAAUGCUUAAUAUUGCAAAUCAUUAUGCACAAAAAUACGAUGCAGAAAAAUUCUACUGUGGUUCGUACAAAUGGAUGCUUUGUCUACCAUUUCUCUAACUUUUGGAAGACACCGGAGGAUUGCCUCGCGCACUUCAGUACGUCUUUGAAGUGUGCUUUGAAAUCGAAACUGAUAGAAAGAAAUUCUUCGGCGAUAUUCAUAAACAGCACUUUAAUACCAUCUUUUAUAAUGUCAAACACCGUCUCCAAGAACGCUACAACAUAUACGGAACCAUC